GAGGGGGGGAGGAGAGGAGGCGAUUGGAUGCGGCGGCGGCGGCGGAUCCCGGAGAGCCGCGGAGUGAGAGGAGUACCGAGACGGACACCCGGAGGGGUAAAAAUACUUCCAUCAUGGCUCAUUCAAAGACGAGGACCAAUGAUGGAAAGAUUACUUAUCCUCCUGGGGUCAAGGAAAUCUCAGAUAAAAUAUCUAAAGAGGAAAUGGUGAGACGGUUAAAGAUGGUUGUGAAAACCUUCAUGGACAUGGACCAGGACUCUGAAGAAGAAAAAGAGCUUUAUCUAAAUUUAGCUUUACAUCUUGCUUCAGAUUUUUUCCUUAAGCAUCCUGAUAAGGAUGUUCGUUUACUAGUAGCCUGCUGCCUUGCUGAUAUUUUCAGGAUUUAUGCUCCAGAGGCUCCUUACACAUCUCCUGAUAAACUAAAGGAUAUAUUUAUGUUUAUAACAAGGCAGUUGAAGGGGCUAGAGGAUACAAAGAGUCCACAAUUCAAUAGGUAUUUUUAUCUACUUGAGAACAUUGCUUGGGUCAAGUCAUAUAACAUAUGCUUCGAGUUAGAAGAUAGCAAUGAAAUUUUUACCCAACUAUACAGAACAUUAUUUUCAGUUAUAAAUAAUGGCCACAAUCAGAAAGUUCACAUGCACAUGGUAGACCUUAUGAGCUCUAUUAUUUGUGAAGGUGAUACAGUAUCUCAGGAGCUUUUGGAUACAGUUUUAGUAAACCUGGUACCUGCCCAUAAGAAUUUAAACAAGCAAGCAUAUGAUUUGGCAAAAGCUUUACUGAAGAGGACAGCUCAAGCCAUUGAGCCAUAUAUUACCAAUUUUUUCAAUCAGGUUCUGAUGCUUGGGAAAACAUCUAUCAGCGAUUUGUCAGAGCAUGUUUUUGACUUAAUUUUGGAACUCUACAAUAUAGAUAGUCAUUUGCUGCUCUCCGUUUUACCCCAGCUUGAGUUUAAAUUAAAGAGCAAUGAUAAUGAGGAACGACUCCAAGUUGUUAAACUGCUGGCAAAAAUGUUUGGGGCAAAGGAUUCAGAAUUGGCUUCUCAAAACAAACCACUUUGGCAGUGCUACUUGGGAAGAUUUAAUGACAUCCAUGUACCAAUCCGCCUGGAAUGUGUGAAAUUUGCUAGCCAUUGUCUCAUGAACCAUCCUGAUUUAGCAAAGGAUUUAACAGCUUCUCUUUCAGAAUAUCUUAAAGUGAGGUCACAUGACCCUGAGGAAGCUAUUAGACAUGAUGUGAUUGUGUCCAUAGUUACAGCUGCUAAAAAGGAUAUUCUUCUCGUCAAUGAUCACUUACUGAAUUUUGUGAGAGAGCGAACAUUAGACAAACGGUGGAGAGUGCGUAAAGAAGCCAUGAUGGGACUUGCCCAAAUAUAUAAGAAGUAUGCUUUACAAUCAGCAGCUGGAAAAGAUGCUGCAAAACAGAUAUCAUGGAUCAAGGACAAAUUGCUGCAUAUAUAUUAUCAAAAUAGUAUUGAUGAUCGAUUACUUGUUGAACGGAUCUUUGCUCAAUACAUGGUCCCCCACAAUUUGGAAACUACAGAACGGAUGAAGUGCUUAUAUUACUUAUAUGCCACACUGGAUUUAAAUGCUGUGAAAGCAUUGAAUGAAAUGUGGAAAUGUCAAAAUCUGCUUCGACAUCAAGUAAAGGAUUUACUUGACUUAAUUAAGCAGCCCAAAACAGAUACCAGUGUCAAGGCCAUAUUUUCAAAAGUGAUGGUUAUUACAAGAAACUUGCCAGAUCCUGGUAAGGCUCAAGAUUUCAUGAAGAAGUUCACACAGGUGUUAGAAGAUGAUGAGAAAAUAAGGAAACAGCUAGAAGUGCUUGUUAGUCCAACGUGUUCCUGCAAGCAGGCUGAAGGUUGUGUGCGCGAAAUAACUAAGAAGUUGGGCAACCCUAAACAGCCUACAAAUCCUUUCCUGGAAAUGAUCAAGUUUCUCUUAGAGAGGAUAGCACCUGUGCACAUAGACACUGAAUCUAUCAGUGCUCUUAUUAAGCAAGUGAAUAAAUCAAUAGAUGGAACAGCAGAUGAUGAAGAUGAGGGUGUUCCGACUGAUCAAGCUAUUAGGGCAGGUCUGGAACUGCUUAAGGUACUCUCAUUUACACAUCCCAUAUCAUUUCAUUCUGCUGAAACAUUUGAGUCACUUCUGGCUUGUCUGAAAAUGGAUGAUGAAAAAGUAGCAGAAGCUGCCCUACAGAUUUUCAAAAACACAGGAAGCAAAAUUGAAGAAGAUUUCCCACACAUCAGAUCAGCUUUGCUUCCUGUUUUACAUCACAAAUCUAAAAAAGGACCUCCCCGCCAAGCCAAAUAUGCUAUUCAUUGUAUCCAUGCAAUAUUUUCAAGUAAAGAGACACAGUUUGCACAGAUAUUUGAGCCUCUACAUAAGAGCCUAGAUCCAAGCAACCUAGAACACCUAAUAACACCAUUGGUUACUAUUGGUCAUAUUGCCCUCCUUGCACCUGAUCAGUUUGCUGCUCCUUUGAAGUCUUUGGUAGCUACAUUCAUUGUGAAAGAUCUUCUCAUGAAUGAUCGGCUUCCAGGAAAAAAGACAACUAAACUUUGGGUUCCAGAUGAAGAGGUUUCUCCUGAAACAAUGGUCAAAAUCCAGGCUAUUAAAAUGAUGGUUCGAUGGUUACUUGGAAUGAAAAAUAAUCACAGUAAAUCAGGAACGUCUACUUUAAGAUUGCUAACAACAAUACUGCAUAGCGAUGGAGACUUGACUGAGCAGGGGAAAAUUAGUAAACCAGAUAUGUCACGCCUAAGACUUGCUGCUGGGAGUGCUAUUGUGAAACUAGCCCAAGAACCCUGUUACCACGAAAUCAUCACAUUGGAGCAAUAUCAACUGUGUGCAUUAGCUAUCAAUGACGAAUGCUAUCAAGUAAGACAGGUGUUCGCUCAGAAACUUCACAAAGGCCUUUCCCGAUUACGGCUUCCACUUGAGUAUAUGGCAAUCUGUGCACUUUGUGCAAAAGAUCCUGUAAAAGAGAGACGUGCUCAUGCUAGACAGUGCCUGGUAAAAAACAUUAAUGUGAGACGCGAGUAUCUGAAACAGCAUGCAGCUGUCAGUGAAAAAUUAUUGUCUCUCUUACCAGAGUAUGUUGUUCCAUAUACAAUUCAUCUUUUGGCACAUGACCCUGAUUAUGUCAAAGUACAGGAUAUUGAACAACUUAAGGAUGUGAAAGAAUGUCUUUGGUUUGUUUUGGAAAUAUUAAUGGCCAAAAAUGAAAAUAAUAGUCAUGCAUUCAUCAGAAAGAUGGUCGAAAAUAUUAAACAAACAAAAGAUGCCCAAGGACCAGAUGAUGCAAAAAUGAAUGAAAAACUGUACACCGUGUGUGAUGUUGCCAUGAAUAUCAUCAUGUCAAAGAGCACCACAUACAGUUUGGAAUCUCCUAAAGACCCAGUACUACCAGCUCGUUUUUUCACCCAACCUGACAAGAAUUUCAGUAACACCAAAAAUUAUCUGCCUCCAGAAAUGAAAUCGUUUUUCACUCCUGGAAAACCAAAAACAACCAAUGUCCUAGGAGCUGUUAAUAAGCCACUUUCAUCAGCAGGCAAACAAUCACAGACCAAAUCAUCACGAAUGGAAACUGUAAGCAAUGCAAGCAGCAGCUCAAAUCCAAGCUCUCCUGGAAGAAUAAAAGGGAGGCUCGAUAGUUCUGAAAUGGAUCAUAGUGAAAAUGAAGAUUACACGAUGUCUUCACCUUUGCCAGGAAAAAAAAGUGACAAGAGAGACGACUCUGAUCUUGUAAGGUCAGAAUUGGAGAAGCCUAGAAGCCGGAAAAAAACUCCCGUCACAGACCCAGAGGAGAAAUUAGGAAUGGAUGACCUGUCUAAGUUGGUACAGGAGCAGAAACCGAAAGGCAGUCAGAGGGGUCGGAAAAGAGGACAUACAGUUUCAGAAUCGGAUGAUCAGCAGUGGUCUGAGGAAAAAAGGCUCAAAGAAGAUCUGUUAGAAAAUGAGGAUGAACAGAAUAGUCCACCAAAAAAGGGCAAAAGAGGUCGGCCACCAAAACCCCUUGGUGGAGGGACACCAAAAGAAGAACCAACAAUGAAAACAUCUAAAAAAGGGAAUAAAAAAAAGUCUGGGCCACCGACAGUAGAGGAAGAGGAAGAAGAUGAGAGACCGAGUGGAAAUACAGAACAGAAGUCAAAAAGCAAACAGCAUCGCACAUCAAGGAAAGCACAACAGAGCAGAGCAGAAUCUCCUGAAACUAGUGCAGUUGAAUCCACACAGUCCACACCACAGAAAGGACGAGGAAGACCAUCAAAAACGCCAUCACCAUCACAACCAAAAAAAAAUGUCCGUGGAGGACGCUCCAAACAAGUAGCUACUAAAGAGAAUGAUUCAAGUGAAGAAGCAGACGUGUUUCAGGGCAGCUCUCCUGUCCAUGAUGAUGUUCCACAGGAAGAAACAGAGGAAGAGGAAGUUUCUGUAAUAAAUGUACGACGGAGGAGUUCUAAAAGGGAAAGGCGAUGAAACAGAUCUAAUUAACUUUCUUUGUGAAAGUUUUGGGAAAAUACCCCACCCCCCACCCCCAAGUGUGAGGCUGAAUAAAGCCCUUGAUACAUAAAGUGGAACUGUGGAAGUAGGACAGUGGGCCUUUCUCAUGACCUCACAUGGAUGGUCACAUGCUAGCAGUGCAUACAGCAGUAAUGAUGGCCGAAGUCUUGUGAUGUUUGAUGGCUGUGUAGACAUAAACUACGAAGAAACUUGUAAAUAAACUUUUUUUUUUUUUAUGUUUCUGACUUCUGAAGUGCUUGUAUAGCUUUUAUCUACGGCUUUAAACUGACAGUACCCAACUGUUUAUUGGAUCUAUUGAUUCGUAAAGAGCUUGUUAGGAAAGGCCUUAAGCAGUAAUCUGUCAGUGUUUGUAUUUGUAUCCUCUGCAAUUUUACUGUGAAAAAAUAUUUCUCAAUAAUUGGUGUCAUUUUCUUGAUGUCAUGGUUUGUUGGAGAGCUAAAUGGUCUCUCCCACUUAUGUAUCUUACCUAGUGUCUACUUCUGGGCACCUUCAUCUUCAGAGGUGCUGCCUUGUCUGUCAUUACCCCCAGAACGAUGUCCCAGAUGGGAGGGCACCGUUCAAAUUAUGAAAUAAUCCUGAAGUUGUCUGAUUGCUUUACACCUCAGUAUUGGUCCCAGAAUUGUCUGGCCUUUCAUGGCAAUGAAAAUUGUAAGAAGAGAGAGAUUUAAACUAUUUUAAUUUUAAAGAGUGUGUUAUAAAAUAAUGUACUGAAUUCUUUAUCCCAUUUUAUCAUCCCUUUUCAGUUAUUAAUCUACUGUAUCAAUAAAAUUCUGUAAUGAGUUUUUAAUAGUCUAGAAUGUUAUUGUGUAUAGAUAUUUUCUCUUGAACAUUAUGUUCAGAAAAUUCAAAUUACUAGACUAUAAGAUCCUGAUAUAUAUACAUUAGAAAAGUUCCAGUUCUCCAUAACAGUGUAAAGUUGACCAGAAAGAAAAAUUUUAUUGAUGCAGUGUGUCCUUAUAAAUCUGUUCUUGAAAGCCAAGUGUUUUGUAUUUUAUGGUGAGUUGCAUGUUUUUGAAAAAAAGUGCUGAAAACGGGAUGUGCUUUUUUCUGUAAAUUCACAUUUAGCCAUAGCAUAUGAUAGAUUGCCCCAUAACAUAGUUUUUCAUCAAGAGUUUAUUAUUGUACUUUAUUUUGGAGCCAAAAAAAUUUGUUUUGGGGGGAGGGGCAGGGGAAGGUGACAUAGGCAGCUACACCAGUUACUGUGGACAGCAUCUUGCUCUUUCUGACAUCAGAUCAGAGGGAAGUGGGUCCGCAAAGUACAGGAACAAAUUACUUAUGGCAGUAUCCUUUAUGCAGUUGUGUAAACUGUAUUUUGAACCAAAACAUACAUUACUACUUAAUACUAACGUAAGUUCAGUUUAGUGUUUCAGGUGCUGUUCUUUUGUUAUUUUCAUGCUUAUUCACAACAGAGAAGAAAAUCAUAUUCUAACUUACUAAACUUUAUCAUGGUGAAUAGUGGAGCAUUUUCAUAUAACACAUCAUUGUAUGUAAGGUAUAUUUCCAAAAUUGGUUAUCACAGAUGGGAACUGUAAUAAAGAAGCUACUAUUUUAGAAAAUGACAUUUUACUAUUUUCCAGUGUGUAUCACAGUUGGUGUGAUUAUUUUCUUUCAAUGCUUAGGAAAACCUUUUAUUUUUACAAAGUGGUUUUAAAUUGUGUCUUAAUCUGUCAGUGUUGAACUUUGUUCUUCUAACAACAGAACACCAGUGAUGACUAGAGGUUGCUGUAUAGCAUGUCAGCUAAUGUUGAUCAGGAUACAUUGCUUUUGAAAUGUUUGAUUAGCUCAGCUUCCAAUCAGUGCUAUUUCUGUGUAGCAGUACCAAGGCAUGUUUUAAAAUCAACAACGAAUAAAGGAUAGCUUUGUAUUUUUGUCAUUGACUAAAUUGUACUGGAAAUAUAUCUUUAAAACCAUUUUAUAACACAUACAAAAAUGAUUGUGGAGGAUCUUGAUUUGCAUGAUUAUACCAAAUUUCAUUGCACAUUAAUAUUUUGUAUAUCAUUUCACAAAAAGUUUGUUGUACAUUUUGUUCAUGUAUAAUGCCAAUAAGUACCUGUUUGUUCACUUUUGGAGAGGAUUAUGAUGUAAAAAUUUCAAAUUUUUUUGUAGGAAAAUAGGUGCAAUAAUGAUCAAGGUUUUGAUGUCCCAAACCUCUGUCUUAGGGGCUUAUCUUACUAUGUUUAAAAUUAACAUUUCAUGUACUAACACUUGGAGAGCCACAUACCUUAACUAAAAUAAAAUUACAUAUGUAUAAAACAAUUGCUAACGGUUGUUAGCACAUUCUGCAGUGAUAAUGUUCAUUUUUACAAUAUGUACUGUACAACAUUAAGAAAAUAUUUAACUCACUGAAACAAGUUCCAUUAUGAAAACAUUCAGAUUCCUUAUCUUGCUGCAUUCUGUAGCAGUCUGUCUACAUUAUCAUAAAAGUUCUUGCUGUGGUACAACAGAAACCUUUUUCAGUGAGCUCCACUGUAUAUGUAAAUUACAACUAUGGCUGUAAAACUUGUUCCAGGUAUUAAAGGUGAAAUGAAUUUCUGUAUCUUCUUA